UGUCGGCCAAGUUGGAAGUGAUACUCCCGACGUUAGCAGUGCACGUGAGGAAGGCUCCUUUGUCGUAACUUGGCUUAUUUUAAUAUCCAACACCACAAUGCCAUCAGAUGCCAAGAAGAAGAGGGAACAGAAGAAGAGAGAUGCAGCAAAGGCUAAACAAGCUGGCAAGAAAACCGAGACAAGGGACGAAAAGGAGCCUCAGGAAAAUGGGAGUUCAAAUAACUCCAAGAAGAACUCUCGUGAAACAACACCAAUGACUAACGGCAGCACAAAUGGCAAUGAAAAACUUAGUGCUGAAGAAAUUCUGUGUCGGAAACUUGAGGAAGAUAUGAAAAUUGCUAGUGAAGCUCGUUCUUGUACUGGUGUCUUAGGCAUCCAUCCACGUGCUCGGGAUAUUAAGAUUGACAACUUCUCUAUCACUUUCCAUGGUUCAGAGAUGCUUCAGGACACCAAACUAGAGUUGAAUUGUGGUCGACGUUAUGGGUUAAUUGGCACCAAUGGUUGUGGGAAAUCCACCUUGCUAGCAUCUUUAGCCAAUAGAGAGGUACCUAUCCAGAACCAUAUAGAUAUCUUCCAUCUGGUCCGUGAAAUGCCAGCCUCAGACAAGACAGCACUCCAGUGUGUAAAGGAAGUUGAUGAAGAGAGAGUUCGUUUAGAAGCUUUAGCUGAGGAUUUAGCAUCAAGUGAUGAUGAUGAAGCUCAGGAACAACUCCUGGACAUUUAUGAACGUCUGGAAGAAUUGGGUGCUGACACGGCUGAGGCUAAGGCAGCAUUUAUCCUCCAUGGUCUUGGCUUUACUCAUUCUAUGAUGGAGAAGAAAUGCAGAGACUUCUCUGGAGGUUGGAGGAUGAGAAUUGCUCUGGCUAGGGCUCUCUUCGUCAAGCCUCAUCUUCUACUCCUCGAUGAACCAACAAACCAUCUUGAUUUGGAUGCUUGUGUAUGGCUUGAAGAAGAAUUGGCUAAGUAUAAACGCAUCUUGGUCAUCAUAUCUCAUUCACAGGACUUCUUAAAUGGUGUAUGUUCAAAUGUGAUACAUAUGGAUAAGAAAAAACUUAAGUAUUUUGGUGGUAACUAUGAUGCCUUUGUGAGAACACGCCUUGAACUGUUGGAAAACCAAAUGAAGCAGUACCAAUGGGAACAGGAUCAGAUAUCUCACAUGAAGAAUUAUAUUGCAAGAUUUGGUCAUGGUUCAGCAAAGCUGGCCCGUCAAGCUCAGUCCAAGGAAAAAACCUUGGCAAAAAUGGUUGCUGGAGGUCUUACAGAAAGAGUAUCCAAAGACAAAAGUCUCACUUUCAGCUUCCCAGAUUGUGGCACGAUUCCCCCACCAGUCAUCAUGGUCCAAAAUGUUAGUUUUCGCUAUACCGACUCUUCACCGGUGAUCUAUAAAAACUUAGAAUUUGGUAUUGACUUGGACACUCGUUUGGCACUGGUAGGCCCAAAUGGUGCAGGGAAGUCAACUCUCCUCAAGCUGCUGUAUGGAGAGUUGAAUCCUACCUCAGGCAUGAUACGCAAGAACUCUCACCUCAGGAUUGCUCGUUAUCACCAGCACCUUCAUGAACUCCUCGACUUGGAUCUGUCGCCUAUAGAUUAUAUGAUGGCACAAUUCCCCGAUCUUAAGGAAAGAGAUGAGAUACGCAAAAUCAUUGGCCGAUAUGGCUUAACAGGAAAGCAGCAAGUUUCUCCUAUUCGUCAGUUGAGUGAUGGACAACGGUGUCGUGUUGUAUUUGCUUGGCUGGCCCACCAAACACCUCAUCUCCUACUCCUUGACGAACCUACCAAUCACUUGGACAUGGAUACAAUUGAUGCUCUUGGUGAUGCUAUUAGGGACUUUGAAGGUGGCCUAGUAUUGGUUUCUCAUGACUUCAGGCUAAUAUCUCAGGUUGCCCAAGAAAUUUGGAUCUGCGAAAAAGAAACUGUUACCAAGUGGCAGGGAGACAUUCUUGCAUACAAGGAUAUGUUGAAGAAGAAAGUUCUGAAGGAGAAUGAAAAAAGAAAGAAAAUGUUUUAGAUUUGGGUAAUUUACCAUUAUUUCCAUGGGUUCCGUUCUUGAUUAUUGAUACAACCGAAUGGUGAUUAUAUUGAAUUUAACUAAAUGCCUCUUUUUUUUUUUUUUUUUUACAUCAUGCAGAUACUUCCCCUGAUUGCCUGUGGUUUUACUUAACAGAAGGAUAAGGUAGAUCUGAUGUUUUGGAAUAAAUUCUUGGAUAAUAUUUUUUAGUUAGCAUAAAGAAGUUGUUCGCCUGGUCGCAUGUCAUCCUCAAUGUUGAAGAGCACGUUUUCUGGUGAUUAGUAAGGAGUCAUAUAAAGUUAUUUCUAUAAGCUUAAUUUACUUUCUUAUGGGUAUAAAAACUGGAGUAUAAAAUGUCCACAAAAAUUUAGUAUUGUGUUCAUAUUGCAUUCCUUGGAAAAUAUUAACUUAAUUUAACUAAAUUGGUGAGUUUUAUAUCAGUUGUAAUGGUUCUUGUAACUGCUGAGGGUUAAGCAAGUGGAUUACUUUCUAUUUCCUGCUUAUUUAUAAGCUGAAAGGAAAUUUUUUUGCACAAAUUAUUGCUAUAGACAUGUCAUUUGAUUGAUUUAAUUUUUUACUACAUAUUUCAGGAAUAGGUUAAUUUCUCUUAGAACUCUAUAACUUGGCUUCAUGUAAGAAGCUACGUGUUCUUCCCUUUAUCGCUCAUCAUAGACUAUCAUUAACGUAUGUUCAUGAAAUACUGAAAAAUUUUCUCAUUUAAUUUUUGUUGGUGCAGAUCAUAGACUUGUUGGUCUUGGUCUCCUAAAAAAGCAAUAUCAGAUAUAUUAUUUAGAGAUUACCCUUUAGCCACAUACAGUGUUCACUGGAACAAUACUUGAUCUGCUAUGUUCUUAGUCUAUACUAUCUUUAAAAGAAAAAAACUUCUAUUCUCCAUAUUAUUUAGUCUCGUUUAUGCAAAGUAGAGAAAAUACUUUACCUCCCUUGGUGUUCAUGCCCACACUUAGGUUAAGGUUAGUGUGUGUGGGGCAGCUGCUGUGAAGACAAGCACUGUCUUUGGUGAUUGCAUUGGGUAUUUUCCUGUGUAUAGGGCAUUCUAGAAACCCUAACAUUUUGGGUACAGAAUGAAUAUUCAAACUGCAUUCCAUGUAGAUUUUGCACAUAGAAAUUUGUGCUGGUAUGGAUGCAGUAACAUUUAUGUGAGAUUCAAGAACACUCGGCCUGAAUUCUCAGUUACACUUUUUGCAUGUAACUGAGUCUAGGAAUUUUACUAAGCACAUUCAUCUCAACCUGAUGAAAAGAAAACUAAUUUGUCUAUACAAUCAGCCAGUGUGUAAAAAAAAAUGGGAUACCUUUCAAAGUAAAUAUUUCUUUCAACACAUAUGUAUCUUUUUAAUACAAGGAAAUGAAACUCCCUUUGUUGUACUUAUAACCAAACUACAAUGCAGAUUUGUGUUUAGCAUUGCUUGAAGAUAAUAUAUGGUUAGUAAUCAUUAUUGAACAGUAACAUUCUUGUAUCACCCUUUUAUAUGUGCAAGAAAAGGCAGGUUUGAUCUGGAGAGAGAACAAAGGUAAUUAAUAUGUUUUGCAUCAUUUUGUUGGAGGCUUCAAUAUCAAAGCAAAUUUCCCUUAACUCUUUAUUCUGUGAUGCAUGGCUUUUGCAAGUUGAUUUUAUGACUUGUGCAAGUCAUCAUUAAUAAUAUCAUAAACAUCGUGUGGGAAAUUUUUGUGGGUUAAUAGAUUACAACACCAAUAUUACUGUAAUUAAAGUGAAUGUACAGUAAUUGGGUUUUAUUUGUUAUGCUUUAUUAGGUUUAGCCUGUGAUGCCUGAGGCUUUGUUGGUUAUACAACAGUUGGGAAUUAUAAGGUUGAUAAUGCUUUUUAAUCAGCAGGCUAUGUAUACUGUCAUUUUUGUAUAUGGACUUCAUAAACUAAAUUGUAUUCAGUAUUUUAAUUUGAAACUGAACAGCAACAUAUUUGUGUAUAUUUUUGAAUUGCACACUAUGUAGUGCUGAUGUUGUGUAAAGAUUUUUUUGGUCUUGUUUAACACAGUUAUACUGUGAAAAUUAUAACUAAACAUCCAUAGGAUGUGUAACUGUAUUAAUGUAGAAAUUUGCAUUAUUUAAAAAUCUGCAAUAAACACUCAAAAAAAGACCAGUGUGAUUAUCUGUGAAAAAUAUAAUAUGGAUGUGCAAGUUGUAGAUCAGUUGUCCUUUGUCAAUACACGGAAACAUGAUACAGGUAUCGUGAAAUUGAUAAUUCUGGAGUAGUGCAAUUCUGUUUGAAAAGGGAUUUGGUUAAAGUUUGUUAUUUGGUUGACUUGUGCUGAUGUGCAAAAUGAAGGGAAGGUGGUUGAAUAUACAGGGUUUUAAUUCGUUGAUUUCAUUAUAUGGAAUUGAGGAAAGGGAAUGGAAAUUGUUUUCAUCUGAAUUAACCACUUGUUUGAAGGGUUCCCUCUGCUGAGUAAAAUCGUCUGGCAUUAGCUAAAUAAAAUAUUAAAAGUGGCAUCCCCAGAGUGAAAGGGUUAAUAGAGGAGUGCCUUGAGUGGAGAGAGUGUUUCAGCUUUGUACUCCAUGUUACAAGGAAUGGGGAUGGAUUGUAUGAUGGGAAAUGCACCCCUAUGAAGGGAUGUGUAAACAAGAUCUUGGGGCUGUGUUUUGGGAGGGGAGUCACCCUAACAGAACUCCAAUAUUGUUGCAGUUAAAGGAUAAUGGGAGUGUUUGUUUUCCUCAUUUUACUGAUGAGCAGGAAAAAUAGAACAUAAUUGUUCUGAUUCAUAUUGAUAAAAGUUUUUGAAAUCACUGAAAAUAAGCUUCAAAUGGGAGGGGAUUUGAAUUCUUAACCUGACAACUGCAACAUACAUUCUCAAAUGAUAAGCAGGGUAGUGCGGCAUACAUUCUGGAAUUCAGAGCGUUUUGAAUGUAACAUGCAAAAAAUUAUAUCAUGCGGGGUCAA